GAAGCCCACUCUGCUCGAAAUCCGCCAUCAUCUAUUCUCAAUUUCAACAACUGCCAAUCCGAUCUUUCUACUUCUUCCAUUCUAUAGCUAUGAAGCUCACUGCUCUUGCAACUCUUGUCAUGUCCACCUUAGCUGUGGCCACCACGACCACGACACCUGACCCCGUGCAGCAUUUCCUCACGACCGCGAACUAUACGGUCGUUGAGCUCUUUCGUCUAGGCUGCAAGUACAAGCCAUGCUUGGAGGUGCUUGCUCCGACCAUUGCGUCAUGUAGCUUAGCAUUGGCACAAGAAGAAUUCGAUUUCGUGAAUGAUGCGCUGUGCUUUGCCUCGGCUGCAAAGGAGAUCCACAGCAAGCCUGCAGAAUGCAAAGGCUGUUUCUGAAGCCGCAGACAUGUGGGGGGAUACUAUUGGCAAGCUAGAUAGGAAUCAUAAACCGCCUAUACAUCUCCUAA